GCACAGAGCCGUCCGUUCCCCCGGGGCGGGGUGACGGAUUCCGAGAGGCGAUCUGCAAUCUCAGGCGCGGCGCCCAGGCUGCUGCGUGCCUUUAAUGGCGGCGGAAUGGAAAGCGGCGAGCCGGGCGCGGGCGGGCUCCUGCAGCAGAUCUUGAGCCUGCGUCUAGUACCGCGGAUGGGCAACGGCACCCUGUACGCCACCCCGCUGGUCAGCUUCCCAGAAAUGUGGUAUGGUGUAUUCCUGUGGGCACUGGUGUCCUCUCUCUUUUUCCACAUCCCUGCGGGGUUACUGGCGCUCUUCACCCUCAGACAUCACAAAUAUGGUAGGUUCAUGUCCGUAAGCAUCCUGUUGAUGGGCAUCGUGGGACCAAUUUCUGCUGGAAUCUUAACAAGUGCAGCUAUUGCUGGAGUUUACAGAGCUGCCGCAAAACAAAUGAUCCCCUUCGAAGCGCUCACUCUAGGUGUGGGGCAGACAUUCUGUGUGAUGGUGGUUUCCUUCUCACGGAUUUUAGCAACUCUAUAGCAUUCCAUUGGAGACUUGAGUCUGAAGAUCAAAUCGGGAGGGGAGAAGAUGUCGACUGCGUGGCAGAAGUAGUCCAUGAAUGUGGCAGUUUUUCAAUCUCUGGGCAGAAAACAUCAUGAGACGAAGAUCCUGGACGUAUCUGGAAGGUGUUAUGUCUUUGGUUUUCUAAAGGCCUGCUUCUGUCACUGAUUUGGUAGCAGAAUGAUUUAAACUAGGGAAGAGAUCUAAUCUGAGGGGUUAUGUGCUCCAAAUGAAGUUCCUCAACACAAAGGUGGUUUGUUUAUACUUGGCUUCUGUAAAGUACAAAAGCAGGCACAGUAAAAAGGCUUGUCUUGAUUUUCUUGUAGCACAUCUGUGUACACGCUUUCCUGGAAAAUAAGGGGUUAAAUAUUUCACAGAUGCUACUGCAAGCGUUAUCAUCUUCAAACCAGAAUAUACUGUUUGAUCAGUCUUCGGUCUGUUGUAUACUUGGUUGAAAUUGAAGCUAAUUUAUUAACAUUUAUUUUGUUACAUUUUGGUAACAUUAAGUGCCAAGGUUUUUUGGGGGAGGAGUCUAGGGUGACCAGAUGUCCUGAUUUUAUAGGGACAGUCCCGAUUUUGGGGUCUUUUUCUUAUAUAGGCUCCUAUUACCCCCCACCCCCUGUCCUGAUUUUUCACACUUGCUGUCUGGUCACCCUAGAGGAGUCAUAAGAUGGGGUGGGAGGUUAGUAACAUUUAGUAUAAUGUUUCAAACAAUGAACUGUUGUAGCAACAGAAAGAAUCCACAAUGGGACAUAGAGAGGUUCUGCUGUAGAAAUGUUACUACUGAAUGACGUGGCAAGUGCAGAGUUCAGUGAAUGCUUUGACCUCUCGCUACUUUACACUUUGUGAUUGAACCUUUUAAAACACUUUUUAAAGAUGUGAAAUGCAGUUUUUAUGAGAUAUAUUAAUUCCCUUUCUGGCCCCCCUCUUUCUAAUGCUAAGUGUUGGGCUUAGUGGGGGGAGCAGCAAAAGGAAACCUCAUUUUAGAUACUUGGAAAUGGAAAUUGGUGCCAGAUUGCAUUCACGUUCAUUGCUGAGGCAGGAGAAUUAUUGUAUGUUAAGAGGUCACUAUUGAUAACAUCCUAUUACAGUGAAACUUACCAGCCACCAUAUACCUUCUGCUAAGGGGGCAAAUGACCACUACCCCAGCAACAAGUAGUUGGAAAUCACGUGUGUAUCCCUCUUGAUUUCCAAGCCUUGAAACAGCCUGACUUUGAUUAAGCUUUUGUUAGUUCUCCCUUUAAGUACUUAGUCUUAACAUUUUUACAAUGGCAUGAUGCUAAUUCAAGUCUUAAUUUGAUGUUGUAAUAAUCAGAGGUCCAGAGAUUUAGAAUUCUGCAGGUGGCUUCCAUGACUGCACAGUUGCAGUCACACCAUGUGCCAACUGUCUCUCUUAACGGGCCACUUGCACAUACCGCUAUGGUACCUGCAAGCACAGACUGUGCACAUCCUCCAUUCUAAAUAUCUGGGCCUAACUGUCUCUGAGAUGUCUCCAUGGAUUGGAUGCCUCCUUGGGGGUCCCAGAAAGUGUUGAGGGGAUUUGCCCUUCCUUCAGUGACUAGUACUGCCAGGAAACAUGAUCUCUUCUGUUUUGUUUUUUAAGAAAAGGAUUUUAAACUCCUUUCUCUCUGCUCUUGUGCAAUAAGGGCCCCUGUACAGCCCUGUGCUUUCUGUGGGGCUGGUGUAUCCCUGGUUCUCUAGAGCCUGGGGAUUAACCCUAAGCAUUCCUUUCAGGCUGUGUAGGAUCUGCAGCUUCCCCACUGUUUUGUCAUGGUGCCAAGGGCAGUGUAUUUGCAUUUCUAGAUCAAUUAAUGGAGUCCUUCAGCUUGCUACAAGAGAAGCAUCAGAUGUGUCCAUUAGUAGGGCAUCCGCUCCUCAGGAGACACGUUUAAAAAAGUGGUUGUCUUUUUUUUUUCUUUUCUUUUUCUCUAACUGAAUUUGGUUUAAAUUAUUUUAUUAACAAACCAGGCAAACCAGAUUGCUUUUUACAUCUAAAUUCCUGCUUCCUUUUACAAUAACACCCAUCACUUCCUCUGAACCGAGUGCUAUCUACCAUAAACAGUCAGAAGAGAGGUAGUGCACUUGUCGCAGCAUAAAGAGAAUCGUGUCAUGUUGCCCAUCAACAGUUACCUGGAGAGGCAGUUUAUUGUGAUGAGGCCUUCCUAGAAUCUAUCUAAACUAGACCAGUCAGCAUUAGUCAAAAAAAUACAAGCUGUGGUGUAGUCUGAGAGAGGCUUUCAUGUGAGUGCCUAGUCUUGAGGUGGCAAAGGUUCAAAUUAUAUGUAACUGCUGUUGUAACCCACUGAACACCAAGUAACUUAUACUAAACACUGGGACUUCUAAAUGUUUCCUAUGUGUGUUAUGCUGCAUGCAAAGGGCUGUCAUUAUUAUCCUUGUAUCCCUCUCUCCUGGUGGCUCAGGCUUGGGUUAGCUUGGUCACCUCAGACUCUUUCCCAAGAGUCUGAAAGGAGGAAAAGCAGUAUGAAAUGAGCUAUGUAAAAGUCACCUUGUAUCUUGUCCUGUUUCCCACUUAUCUCCAAUAUCUGCACAGCAUAGCCCAUGUCCUAAACACAGCUUGCUUGCACAGAUGACCCUGAAUUUUGUUGGGUACAAAAUUCCUUCGUCUAUAAAAGUCUUGGGUCACGGGGCUCGGGUCAGGUAAACUCAAUAUCUUAGAAUCCUUUCUUUAUAGGGGCCACUAGAAACUGGCGUUCCAGACAUGUGCAGUGCCCCCUGUGCCUGUGUUCCCACUCCCGUGUUUGGACUCUCAAGAGCAAGGAUCAUGCCCCAUGGGAGAGUUUAACAGAAAAGGCUUAAUGAUAUCCUGACACGAAAGAGCAAAGAAUCUGCAGGUCUCAAAUAAGGACAAUCCAGGGGGAUAAAUUAAGCUGGAGAGCAGGUGCCCUCAUUUAUACAGCCAAUUUUGUUGAGCCAGCAGUCCCCCAAUCUAGAAGGUUGUAGAGGAAACUUUGUCUUUCCGCUGACUGUUCCUGUAGGGAUGUGAAGAAAGCAGGGGUGGGAGGCGGGAGCUGGUGCCAAAAAGUUCUCCUAAGAGAUCUCUCGGCUCACAGGUAGCGCACUGCUGCUUUCUAUUGCCGCUCACUAGAAGAGUUCUUUUGACCGUUAAUUGCUGUGGUUUGGACUUGAAUGAGAAAAACUCAUAAUUAUGAGCUAGAACAAACAUGAGGAUAAAAUGGCUUAGAGCAACUGGAAGACCUAGAAGCUGUUCUGUUUUCUAUCUAUUUAAUUUCCUUAACUACCAUUUAUCUGCUCAUCUUGAAGAAUGUGAAUAUGCAUCUUCAGUAGGUAUUGGAUGUUGAAUGAUUUGUUAUCUGUAGUGUUUAUCUGAAUUUGCCCAGGUUCAGUGAAUUUUUCAGGGAGCGGUCUUGUAAAGGUGACCAGUCUUAUCAAAUACUGAGUCCCAUGGGCAAGGCUGUUCAUAUUGUUUUGGAGAUUCCCCUAUCUUCGGUUUUCUCCAGUCUUAUUUUCCACCCUCUGUUGAAAUGCAGAAGGCUACAGGGGAGACAUCCUUCUCUCUCCUUUCCCACGCAAUAAACCUAACGCAAAAGGAGCACUUGUGAGCUGAUAUAACAAAUCAUUAUUAAAAGCAAUGUCUGUCUUCCACCCCCACCAUCAAAUGUGCUUGCUCAGUUCCUUAAUGUCCUUUCAAACUUAAUUAAGGAAGUAGAAGAAGCUCACAGUUAAUCUUCAUCUGGUAUGAAUGGACGUAGCAUCACUGAAAUAAAUAGGGCUAUGUUAGUUUACAAAAACUGAGGAUCUGGCCCUCCGCCUGUACAUAAAAAUAUUUACUGGGGGGCAGAGAGGGACUGAAUCUUAAGAGCCAGUGAAGACACUGUAAUAACAGUUUAUGCCUAGAAGGUAGCUCUUUGUCACCAACUUUUUAUCAAAGGUCUGUGCAGCUGUUGCAUGGGGCUGUUAAAAUGACCCAGGCUUGUUUUGGUGCAGUGCAGUUCCCACUGCAUCGUGGGGCAAAAUGACCAAAACUAGCAAAGAACUUGUAGAAAAAUGUGAAAGCACAGGUGCUGUUGACUGACUGUUGAAGGUGCAUUUCAUCCUAGUCCAGAGGGCCUAAUCAAAGGCUUAAGUGAAGCAAAGAGCCUGGCAAGAGGCCUUCUGCACUGGAGUCAUUUUAUGCCUGGAGCAGAGGUUCGUGGUCCUGUUGUUCAUGUGUGUGCACAUACUGUGUGCUGGUUUGAACCAAAUCAGCCUCCCUUUCUAUCUAUCUCACUGCUACAGCCAAUAUGAGCAAAUCUUUGUAUAACAGAAAACAAUGUAAAAGUAAAUUCUAUUUUUCUACUGACACUUCUAAUGCUGGUGUUGCUGUUUACCAAUAAAGUCUAAUGAUCGCUGUGAA